AUGCCCGACUCGCCGACAUCCCAGCGUUGCGCAGGCUCUAACAAUCGGAAACCCAAGCGUGUUGCAACGAGGAAAGCGGAUGGCGGAGAUCAGCCUCUCGCUGUGAACGGCCCAUCAUCGCCGGAGUGUAUCCGUACGAGGACACAAAAGUUAGAAAAGGAACUGCGUGAGCUUGUUCUCCGCAACAGGUCCAGGCACGAGCGGCUGCAGAACAUGAGGAAUCGUGCCACAUUGUCAAGCCCUCCACCGUCAGGCCCUCAGUCGUUCGAGCGUGCAGCAAGGCCGUCAGAUGAAUCAAAGCCGAGGAGCGAAACGGAGGGGAGGAAUAAGCUUCCUAAUCUGUACAAGUGUUUUGACGAGGCGCGAACGAAGUCGCUCUUGGAGUACGAAAAAAAUAAAGGGAGCAAAGAGUCUUGUAUGUACUCUUCGUACAUACCGCGCGACGCAGACCUCACGCCGAGGGGGAAACAGCGAGACGCGAUGAAAGAUCCCGACUCUUUCAGCCUUCGAUUCUGUAGCAAGUUGCACCCAAGAGACGACUCUAGAUAA